GCCCAGUUCAGGUCAGCCCAACUGCAGCCUUGUCGGGACGGCCGUAAUAUAACACCCCACUCGAUCGAAGCCAACGCCCCUCGAACCCUAGCACUCGCAACUAACUGCUGCUGCCGCCGCCGCCGCCACCUCCACGCCAGCAGCCAUGCCGCCCAAGCUCGACCCGUCGCAGGUGGUGGAGGUGUUCGUCCGCGUGACCGGCGGCGAGGUCGGCGCGGCGUCGUCGCUGGCCCCCAAGAUCGGCCCGCUCGGUCUCUCCCCCAAGAAGAUCGGAGAGGACAUCGCCAAGGAGACGGCCAAGGACUGGAAGGGCCUCCGCGUCACCGUCAAGCUCACCGUCCAGAACCGACAGGCCAAGGUCUCCGUCGUUCCCUCCGCCGCGGCGCUCGUCAUCAAGGCGCUCAAGGAGCCCGAGAGGGACCGCAAGAAGGUCAAGAACAUCAAGCACAGCGGCAACAUCAGCCUCGACGACGUCGUCGAGAUCGCCAAGACCAUGAGGCCCAGGUCCAUGGCCAAGGAAAUGGCCGGCACCGUCAAGGAGAUUCUCGGCACCUGCGUCAGUGUCGGAUGCACCGUCGACGGCAAGGACCCCAAGGACCUGCAGCAGGAGAUUGACGACGGCGAGGUGGAGAUACCGUCCGCUUAAGAAGGAUUGGAGGCGAGGAAGUAAUUCUCACUACCUAGAUUUUUCCCUUAUUUAGUUGAGGUGGUGGGGUGGAGGUUGGGUGUGGACGUUAUCACAACAGAGUUCUGCUUUGAAACAUUGUCAUGCUUAAGUCUUUGAAACUAUUUCUGGCAAAUUUUAUGAACAUUCCUAGGUACAAUCAAAGUUACCAAUGCAGUUUUGUUGGAAAUUUUCAUGCAUUGUUUAAAUUUUGGUUA